CUAGGUUGGACAAGUCACAUGUUGUUUCACAGACGUAUGAAAAGUCAAAGUGCCUUCUGACGUCAUCCUCCAUAACAAAAGUGCUCCAUCACCUCUUCCAGACUCCACAGUGUCCUUCCUUCCCAUCAGUAUAAGCACAUACGUACAUACGUACAUACGUACAUACGGUACAUACACUCGCCUUCUGUCCAGCAUAGCAGGUUGUCCGUCCCAACAAUUGUUCAUUCCGUGAGAUUGUCGGGAUCUGGAGCUCUAAGGCGCGCCUGGGUUUUGACAUCUCCCGACCCGUGCCUUGAUAAUAGCUUUUGGCCGUGUUUGAGACCCUGGUGCGGCCCAUCUGUCACGAUUAUUUCCGCUACGCUCGCUUACCGUUUCCUGAAGCCGCUGAGCUUUCUGAUGGGGAACGAGACGUCCUCCGUCAAGAUCCAUUCCCUCCUCACGGCCGAGGACAUCAAAGGGCUGAGGGCGGGCUUCCCGGGGGGCGGCAAUGGACCACCGCCGGCCCAUCUGGACUGGGGCCAUUGGACUUGUUGGCCGGCCGAGGAAAAGGCCGGCCUGGAGAAGAUCAUGAGCACUGAAGUGGGACACAUCACCUUUCAUAGCUAUCAGGAGGUGUCGGGGAAUGUGAUACGAGGCCAGAGUGACGCCCGCGUCAAGUUCUUGUUUCGCUUACUAGAUCGACCCGUGGACAAAACGAUCACGUCCACGGACCUGUUCCAAUUGAUCACUCACCUCGUGGAUACCGCCGUCCAACUCAUCUUAGGCGAAGACCAUGCCCAACCCGACAUUGGUGUCCAGACCCGAGAGACUAGUCGAGUCCUGGCCGAAUCUCUCAUGCACGAGUUGGUCUUUCCCAAGGACAGCCCCAAAUCUUCGCUCCAUCGAAAGUUUUCCGAGGAUUUGUAUCUGGAUUUUGACAUGGUGGAAAGGUGGUUGGUGAUGAAAUGUCCCUUGGUGGACGAGAUUCUUCUCUUUACCUUGGCCAAAUCCUUUGGGAUACCCGUGAAUUCUUCCGCUGGUAUGAAGAGACCCCCUUUGGUGCCAUUGCGUGGAUUGGAAUUCAAAAGCAACACUUGGCUGCAACCGCAGGAGGUCAUCUUCCUUAAUGCCAAUCUAACCGGAGACCUUCGCGGCCUCUGGAGGCCACUCUUCAACUCCAGGAUUCAUGGCGAGAGCUUCUCCAAACUUGCCGGUGCUAUCCUCAAGAAAGGGGCCAACUUCGUGAUUGUGUGGGAAAAGAAUGGUUAUUGUUUUGGUGGAUAUGUUUCCUCCUCUUGGAAUUUGGGCCCCAAAUUUGUGGGAGACAACUCGUGUUUCUUGUUUUCCCUUCUGCCCAAGAUGUUUCAUUACGAAGCCACCCGAUUCAACACAAACUACAUGUACAUGAAUCUCAAACAGAAAACCUUACCUAAUGGCUUAGGAAUGGGCGGACAAUUUGACUUCUUUGGCCUUUGGAUCGACUCGGAAUAUGGAAAGGGCAGAUGUGCUCCAAGUUGCUCAUCCUACACAAGUCCACAACUAUCCAAAGAAGAGCAAUUUCAAAUCGAGCACAUUGAGGUAUGGGGCGUGGGAGAAGAGCCCAUAGAGGAUGAAGACGAAAACACACGUAGUGUCUUUGACAUGGAUCCCGAGACGCAAGCUGUCAUGGAGAUGAUGGGCAAAACUUACGUCAGCAAGGAUAUGAAGGCUGCGGACGAGCAACUUGCCAAGGAGAGGGCCAACCAAGAGCGCUCUCAAACUUCGUAAAUCUCGCCUCAGCUCAAGAAUCAUGUUCCACUUUCUGAUCUCUAGGGCACCUUUGCAUUGUCCAUUCCUCGUUGGUUGUUCCACUCGUCUACAUAGCGAUGUCGCCAGUCCGAUAUAAAAAAAAAUAUCGUCAUUAUUCAUGUAAUGGGCUCGAUCAUCGGACUUGAGUUGAGCUGAUUUUUCAGCAGUGCAAGUUCAUAGCCACAAGUCAUCGUUCUCUUGUCCGUUUGAGCAAUAAUUUGGGGGCUUUGGAAGAUCUGCUUAGUCACAUCUGGAGACGAUAUGAACUCUUAAAUAUGAUACCCCUCGAUUAGCAGAGAUGCCUUUGAAUAACAUUGGUUUUCAAAACUCUGAAGUGAUUUAGUGUGCAUUAGCAGAUUAUACCCUAUUUAUUCUUCUUCAAAGUAUGGUACAGUAUUAUUUUAUUGCACUCAGGUGCAUCAAAUAUGACAUUUACUCUGAAAUAAAAUGACCUUCUUUCACUCACA